GUGGCAGCAGCCGGGAGAGAGGUUGGCCCGGCGCGCCUGGCGGCUGUUCUGCACUGGCGGCGAAGGCGAUUUCUUCCAAAGGUUUUGCUCUUACUGGAAGCUGAAGGUCCUUUUGGUUGAAGGAAUAUUUAGAUCUAUUCGUUGUGAGGUUUUAUGACAUACCUGAAGACAAUGACUUGAUUAUGACUCUCUUCCAAUGGUAUAAUGCAUCUGUAAUGUUUUGUCCUAGUGGCAAACGUUUGGUUCCAACAGUGCUGUAAACGGGAACUGUAUACAAUACUAUCAGCACAAUGCUGCCACGAUCGACCAAAAUGCAGAAACCGUUUCAGCUCGCAUUUAGGACCUGUUUGCUAUCCUAUCGUUCCUGUAUCUUUCCAUGCAUCCAAGGAAAAACAUCCUUACAUCCAAUAAGGCAGAAAACAACAUCCUUGGUGCUGAGCUGCCAAAGUCAAUACCUGCAUACGUCUGCUCCUUUUUGGGAUUCCAAGGAAGGGGGGUUUGUGGGCAAGGCAACUUCCCAACCUGAAGACCCUCAAAAUAAAGAACUGAAGAGAGAAAAUCUUACCACAUCAGCUGGUAAUUUUGCCAGGGAAACACCUAUACAGCCUAAUUCUGUAGAACUUGACCCUUUGCAAGAUAAAUCAAUUAGUCUUGUGCAGAGAUUCAAGAAAACUUUUAAACAGUAUGGCAAAGUUCUGAUUCCUGUGCAUCUUUUGACCUCCAGCAUAUGGUUUGGAACUUUUUACUAUGCAGCUUUAAAGGGAGUAAAUGUCGUCCCGUUUCUUGAAUUCAUAGGGUUGCCUGAAAGCAUUGUGAACAUCCUAAAGCAUUCUCAAAGUGGAAAUGCAUUAACUGCCUAUGCAUUGUAUAAGAUUGCAACUCCAGCCAGAUACACAGUGACAUUAGGAGGAACAUCUAUCACUGUGAAGUAUCUUCGCAAGCAAGGACAUAUGUCCACACCACCUCCAGUGAAGGAAUAUAUUCAAGACCGAAUGGAAGAAACAAAAGAACGAAUCUCGGGAAAAAUGGAGGAAACAAGAGACAUGAUUAGUGGCAAAAUGGAAGAAACAAAAGAAAAAUUAACUGAGAAAAUGGAAGAAACAAAAGAGAGGAUAACUGAAAAGAUACAAGAAACCAAAGAGAAAGUUUCAUUUAUAAAGAAGAAAGAAUAGGGAAAUUGGUGUGAAAGGUGAUAUUUUUAAUCCUUUAAAAUAUCUGAAAUGUAUGUUCUUGCUACUGUUCCUGUCUAUUUUGUUAUAGGCUGACUAGACAUUUGAAAGCUAAAAAGAUAACGCUUAAGACGUACACUGGCCUUAAUAAAAAUUAUCCAACGUUUUCCAAUGUAGGAUAUAGUAAAUGCAACACUUUUCUCCACAACUUAAUUCCUGGAGAGUAUUCUGUGGUCGUCCGAUCAGUGACUUGAAUGAAUCUCUGCACAUUUGAAUGGAGCUGAUAUUCUUACCUGGCAUCACUCACCUUGUUGUAAAACAAAGUAUUAAAAUGGCUCAGUCAUAUAAACAAUCUUGAAUAUUGGAAAUUGUGUCAAUAUUUGUAUAUUAAUUAAUGUUACUAUCUCUAAAAAGAUCAGGUAAUUAGAAAGCUAUGUUAUGUUCCAUAUUCCUUUUAUAAAAACUUGAC